AGCCUCUGAGGCUCCUGGUGUGUGUCUAAAUAAGGUGGGCUGAAGAUGCCAAGUGCCAAAUAAACUUCUCGGCGAAUAGCAGGACUUCUGGGAGGAGCCUGCGUUGCCAGGAGGCUGAGGUACCCUCAGCAUCUCUCCUGAACAAACCAGGGAGUUGUUCUCUUGCCAUGUUAGGGAUUGAAAGAUGCUCAAUAUGAUAAAGGACCAAAGUGGUGAAAUAUAAACGAAUCCUUUCAGAAAAUGGAUUUCAGUCAAGAUGAACAAACCUGAACUUCAAACCCAAGGCUCAGGACUAAUGGGGUUGUUUUUUUCUUACUGAGUCUGAAAAGGAUCCACCUGCUCGACUCUCUCUUUUAUUAUUGCCAUCAUGCCAGUUCUGGACCGAGAGCCCUCCAAGGAUUUAGGAGGCGGUGAUGGUCUACCCAAACUGCCCCUCCCUGACCUUAAAGACACACUGGACAUGUACCUGAGGUGCAUGAAACACCUGCUCACAGAGGAGCAGUUUAACAAAACCCAAAAUGUAGUGAAGCAGUUUGGAGCCCCCGGUGGAGUGGGGGAGCUACUGCAGAGCAAACUGGUGGAGAGAAGAGAGAAGAAGGCAAACUGGGUGUAUGAAUACUGGCUGAAUGACAUGUACCUGAACAACCGACUGGCUCUGCCCGUCAACUCCAGUCCUGCGAUGGUCUUCCCCCAGCAGCACUUCAGGGCUCCCAUUGACUCUUUAAGGUUUGCUGCACAUCUGAUUUCUGGAGUUUUGGAGUAUAAGACUCUUCUUGAUGCACGCGCUUUGCCUGUGGAUUAUGCGCGGGGCCAGCUGGCUGGGACCCCUCUGUGCAUGGAGCAGUACUACCGCCUUUUCACUUCGUACCGUCUACCGGGACCAGAGAGGGACACAUUAGUGGCCCAGGAGAGCAGUGUGAUGCCAGAACCUGAACAUAUCAUUGUGGCAUGUAAAAACCAGUUUUUUGUGCUGGAUGUGGUGAUCAAUUUCCGCCGCCUGAAUGAAAGAGACCUGCUGACUCAGCUGGACAAGAUAGUCAAGAUGGCUGACAGUGAAGAAGAGCGUCUUCCACCCAUUGGUCUUCUGACGUCAGACGGGCGGACAGAGUGGGCAGAGUCUCGUAGCGUCCUGAUGAGAGAGUCUACUAACAGGGACUCUCUGGACAUGAUUGAGCGCUGUUUGUGCCUGGUCUGCCUGGACGAUGCCAGUGGACAUGACCUCAGUGAUACAGCACGAGCCUUGAGGAUGCUGCACGGAGGAGGACUGGCCAAAAACGGGGGCAACCGCUGGUAUGACAAGCCCAUGCAGUUUGUUGUAGGAGCUGACGGCUGCUGUGGAGUUGUGUGUGAACACUCGCCGUUUGAAGGAAUCGUCCUAGUGCAGUGCACGGAGUAUCUGCUCAAAUACAUGAUCGGCAGCCCCUCUAAACUGGUGAGGGCUGCCAGUGUGAGUGAGCUUCCUGCACCACGUCGACUCCGCUGGAAAUGUACUCCAGAGAUCCAUAAACUCCUGUCCUCAUCUGCUGAGAAACUCCAGAGGCUGGUGAGAAAUCUAGACAUGCAUGUCCACAAGUUCCAUGAUUAUGGUAAGGAGUUCAUCAAACAGCAGAAGAUGAGUCCAGAUGCCUACAUCCAGGUUGCUCUUCAGUUAGCGUACUACAGGUGUCAUGGCAGACCAGUGUCCACCUAUGAGAGUGCAUCUAUACGUCGUUUUCAGGAGGGCAGAGUGGACAACAUCCGCUCUGCGACGCCUGAAGCCCUGGCCUUUGUCAAAGCAAUGACUGAUGGAAAACUGAGCACAAGCGAAUCAGAAAAGAUGGAGAUGUUAUACAAUGCCAUAACUGCACAGACAAAGUAUACUAUUCUGGCAAUUACUGGGAUGGCCAUAGACAAUCAUUUACUGGGACUACGUGAUAUAGCACAUGAACUGAAGAUGGAGAAGCCGGAUCUGUUUAAAGAUGAAGCUUAUUUCAUCAGUAAUCAGUUCAUUCUCUCAACAAGUCAGGUUCCUACUACUGUUGAAAUGUUCUGCUGCUAUGGACCUGUUGUUCCAAAUGGUUACGGAGCUUGCUACAACCCUCAGUCGGACCACAUUAUCUUCUCAGUGUCCAGUUUCCAUGAGAGUCCACAGACAUGUUCAUCAGAAUUUAUCAAAGCUCUGGAGCAGGGGCUCCGGGACAUGAGGGAUCUGUGCAAUUACCGCAAAUCCACCUGCAGCCUAAGCAAGCAAAGAAAGGAUCGCACACUGGAGACACACACACAGACGGACUCAAACUGGCAAAGCCAAACGCAGCAGACGGCAGCUGACCUGACAAACAGUCAGCAGCCGCUGCCACAGGUUCUGGUGAAAACAUCAGACCAGAACAAAACUGAGGCCCAAUCCCAGGCUUCCAAACAGGGACGCCACUGAAAACAGUGGUGCAGUUUUUGUAUUAAAUGUGUGUUUAUGUGUGUUUUUGCGCCUCAUCAAUGAAAUGUCAAAAGAUCUACUGCAAAGGUGACAAACGCCAUUAUAUAAAUCUGUUUGUGGUACAUGGUACUGUAAAAUCUAUUAAUGUAUUAAGUGAUGAUAAUCUAAUCUGUUUAUUGGUAGUGAAUAUAAAAAAUUAUUCUGCUAUUGUAGAGGACUUUUCAUGUUGUCACAUACAAUAUAUAAUAAUCAAUAUAUUAAAUAAUAUAUAUAAUUACGUGGUAAUACAGGAAUUUGAAAUAUUUGCCAAUUUGGGUUUAUAAGUAGAAAUCCAAACUAAUUUCAGGCUUUAAGACGCCUGAAAACAAUUGUCAAUUAUUUAUUUUUGCACUACGUGGAGAUGUUUUGGCCAAAGUGGUAACGUAUUCUGUGAUGAGUACCAGUGUUAAAGUUGACUGUAAUGUUAACUAAGACAUUUGUCUGCGUGUUUCAUGUCUAUAAGAGUUUGCCCAUGAGGGCUGUUGCUUACGUAAAUGACUGUCACUAUAUCUCAACUGGUAAGUUGCAUGCUGCUAUCUUAUGAUCCUGUGAUCAUAACAUCAACUAGAAUCUUCUAUGCAAAAUCGUUUGUGAUGUCCAUGUAAAAUGCUGUGUCUAUACUGUAUUUCUCUCCUCUGCUCCUUAUAUAGUAUUCAGAAAUAACUAUUUUGAUUUUCUUAAUCCAGUAUCAUGCCACUGGACAACUGGUUAAUACUGAACUCUGUUACAUGUACUGGGAGUCAUACUGUGCUGGUGUACUUGUAUCAAAAAAAUAAUAUAUCAAAAAGGACACUUUUUAGUAUAUACAAGAAUGUUAUAUGUGAUUAAAACGUGCAUUUGUACAUUUAUGCGUAGAAGAUGUCAAUUAAGUAAUUUAUUUUUAUAUAAUAUUACCAGUUGUUUCAGAGUGUAAAUGUAAGCUCAGAAUAACUGAAACUUACUAAUCAGAGGUGAUCACUGUGUUUAUGUCAAAAUAAAUGUACAAGCAAAUUAAGGCACUAAAAGCAUAUGGAAAUUCCUCUUCGUCUCAUUGAUUAGAUAAAACAUGAACAUUAGCAUAUUUAAAAA